AUGUCGUUGCCUCAGUGGGUUCAGGACGCUGUUGAGAAGGGUCAGGACUUGUCAGUGUGUCUCGAGUUGUGGAAACAUGCUACGGCAGUUGAUAGAGAUGAACGUGCUACACAGAGAGAGGAGAAGAAACAAGAGAUGGAACUACAACGAAUGGCCAUGGAGAAAGAUGCAGAAAAACAGAAACUGGACGUAGAAAGGGAAAUGGAGGAAAAAAGGUUACAGGUAAAAAUGAGAGAAUUAGAUCUACAGGAACAGGCAAUGAAAGCCAAGGGUAAACCGGGUGAUAGUGAGACCAGAGAACAGAAGCAUGAGGUAAAGUAUCUACUUCCCAAAUAUGUAGAAGGUGAAGAUAUAGAUGUUUUCAUCAGGCCAUUUGAAAGAUUGGCUAAUCUGCAUAAGUGGCCGAAGGCAGAGUGGGCAAUACGACUAGUUCCACAAUUGACGGGUAAGGCACUAGAUAGUUACGCACGGUUGAGGGAAGUUGAGUCAAAUGAUUAUGACGUCAUUAAGAAGGCCAUACUCAAAAGGUAUGAUUUGACGGCUAGUACUUACAAGGAUAAGUUUAGGGCAUGUAAACAAGAUCCUAAUGAAACAUUCAGAGAGUUUUACACUCGUUCAUUGAAUUAUUUCGAGCACUGGUGUCAGAUGGAGAGAGUUGGCGAGAAUUUUGUAGUGUUGGUAGAUGUGCUUAUGAGGGAGCAGCUGAUCAACAGUUCAUCAAAGGAUUUGCAGGUAUGGUUGAAAGAAAGAAAACCAAAAUCAGCAGAUGAAAUGAUCGAGCUUGCUGAAGCUUACCAGAAUGCACAUCGUGGGUCUGUGAUCAUGAACAAGGUUCAUGCACAGGGUAAUCCGAAGGACAGUAGAGGUAAGUCUCAUGAACAGAAACCUAUGUCGGGUAAUCCACAAAGUAAAUCUGAAAAGAAGUGUUUCUUGUGUCAUAGAAUAGGUCACUUCAUAAGCAAAUGUCCAUUACGCAAAUCGACGGAUAAAGAUGCAAAUGGUGAAAAACAGUGGGGAGGAAAACCUAAACCUGGUCAAUCACAGGAAAAAGCAGGUUUAGUGCAUUCACCAACAAUGACGAGAAAGGGACAAACUUUAGAGUUACCCAUGGCGGUGGAAGCAAAAGGAUUUCAUAAGGACACAAAGAAGAGUGGACUUAAGAUUGAGUCGGGAAUGGUGAAUGGUAAGGAAGCAUCUGUUUUGCGUGACGCUGGGUGCACAUCUAUUCUGGUGGCAGAGAAGUUAAUCAGAAGAGACGAUUUAACAGGGGGCGUAAGUGAGGUGACCCUGGCGAACGGAUGUUUGGAGAAAUGUCCGGAAGUGUGGAUUGAAGUCGAUACAACCUAUGUCAAAGGUAAGGUGGUGGCUUUAGUCAUGAAUACACCAUUUGCAGAUUUGAUAAUAGGAAAUUACACACGAGUAGAUAUCCCUACUGAAAGGAACGACAUUGAGAAAAUGUCAACGUCAGUAACAGACACUUGUCAGGCUGUGGAGACAAGGUCAUCGGCAAAAAGAAAACCAGUUCAGAAGGAAGUGGUAGACAUUGGUCAGGAGUUUGGUGGAAAAUACUCUAGAGAGGAAUGGAUUGAGGAGCUAAGAAAUGAUCCUACGUUGGAUGUCUACAAAAAACGAGUUGGUGAUGGUACUCCCAAAGACGGAGGCGGCUACAUAUCACUUGAGAAAGGUAUGUUAUAUAGACAUUUCAAAUCAGAUGCAACCAAGGAAAUCGUAAAACAGUUACUGGUACCAGCGAAAUUUCGCAGUCGAAUUCUUUCACUGGCCCACGAUAUUCCUAUGGCGGGUCAUCUUGGAAUAAAGAAAACCAGGGAAAGAAUAUUGAAAUAUUUCUUUUGGCCAGGAAUUUUCGACGACACUAAGAAAUACUGUAGAUCCUGUCCGAAAUGUCAAAAAGGAACUUCGAAAACCAAGGUGAGUAAAGUUCCGUUAAUUCAAAUUCCUAGAAUUGACGUACCUUUCCAGCGAAUAGCAAUAGACAUGGUAGGACCAUUACCUAGAACCAAAAGGGGAAAUCAGUACGUAUUGGUAAUUUGUGACUAG